UCUUCCACAUGUCAAAGGCUAGGGUUCAUUUGUCGUAUAUUUUCUCUACCAAUUUCCACAAAUUCUCAUCUCCCUCUUUCUCUCUCUGUGUUCCAAGAAAGUAAUAUGUCUCCCUUUCUGGUCUUUCUUGCCUGAGGUAAGAGAGAAUGAAUACGACCCCAAGAGUCAUCUCUGUAACACAAACCCAAAAAGCCCCUUCAAAAAAAGAAAUUACAAAGAUGAGAAGCAAUGAGAGUACUCAGCUCACCAUCUCAAGCCUGCGUAACAAGAACAAGAAAGAAGAAGAUGAAGAUUCUUACGAUGAAGAAGAAGAAGAAGAAGAAGAAGAGGCGGAGAUGUUCAGAAAUGGCCGCAGCAGCUCGAGCAACAGCACGGUCGAUGAGAGUGAGAAGAACGACAACAACAAGGUCAAAGCUUGUGGAUCUGUGCGCAAAUACGUACGUUCGAAGAUGCCUCGGCUUCGAUGGACACCUGAUCUCCAUCUUUGCUUUAUCCAUGCUGUUGAAAGACUUGGAGGACAUGAGAAAGCAACUCCGAAGUUGGUUCUUCAAUUGAUGAACGCCAAGGGCCUUAGCAUCGCCCAUGUGAAGAGCCAUCUUCAGAUGUACAGGAGCAAGAAGAUAGACGACCACAAUCAAGCUAUAAAGGACCAUGGUCUUUUUGGUGACGGUGGUGAUCAUCAUAUUUACAAUCUCAGCCAACUUCCCCUCCUACAAGCAUUCAACCAGAGGCCUUCUUCUCUAAGGUACAUGGAUGCUUCUUGGAGUGGCAUGUACAACCCUAGUCACCUGCAAGGUUCACCAAUGUCUGAAAGAUUCAAGAUUGGACAUAUUGUAGCUUCUGCAGCAGAAAAUAUUAAUUGUGGGAUCGACAAAAGAUUAGGAGCGCCUAAUCGUGAUUAUGUCCAUGUGGGUCAUUCAUCUUUUGAUAGAGAAGCUGCUAGGAACACUAUCACUGCUACUCGUGAUCAUUAUCGAGAAGAUCACUCCAAAUCAUCAUCAAUUCAUAAAUCUUGGCAAAAAAUAAGUCAAGCCCAAGUUGCAACACCAAGCUCAACGACAAAGGAACCUGAUCUCCUAAAGAAAAUCGAAGACAUCAGAGGACGUGAACAAGUGAUCAGAACGUGUUUGUUCGACGAUGCGCGCGGAUCAUCAUCAGUUCAAGAAGAGAGAUCAAGAAGCAUCCUGAAAAGGAAGGGUUUGGACCCAAAUGGAGUCUUAGACUUGGAAUUAUCUCUGAGAGUGGUGAGACCGAAGAAGGAAUAUUUGGAAAAUGGCAAUAAUGAGGUCGAUAACGAUUUGUCUCUUUCUCUGUCUCCUUCUUCAUGUUCAUUGUUCUCGAAGCUCAGCAGAUUGAAGGAGGAUAAUGGUGAUAGUGAUGGGAAUUUGAAGAAGCAGAACGCGAGUACUCUAGAUCUGACUUUGUGAAUGAGACAACUUCUGAGUGAGAUCUUGAGGUACUUGUCUCUAGCAUCCUUUAUCAAUACUGGAACAUUCAAUAAUAGGACAUUGUUUUCAUGUACGAACAUCACAAAAGGUAAUUGCCGUUUUCAUGA